AUGCAACGUUUGUGUUGCUGUCAAACAAAUAACGAAACGAUUUGCUCAUUUGUUGAUAUUUGCAUUUCGCAACGGUCUUUGGGGCAGAAGAAGAAGAAUAAGUCUGUUGAUGCCUCCCUCUAUAAGAAUGCAGAUCUCGAGUGUGCUAAAGAUUUCGCAAUGGACUCUGUGAUUUCUACGACCUCUGGGGGCUUGAACUCCACUCGAGGGAACCACGUCACAUAGAUUCCCCGCUGGAUGGCGAUGAUGUAA